AACCCUAACUCCAGUCACAAACAAACAACUUAUCUGUGGGAAAAACAGUAAGAAAGAAGAUAGGGCUCGACAAAGGGGUUGUUGGCUACAGGGUGUGCAGGUAAACUACUGUAGCCACAAGAUGAUUUAUCUGUAGGGGAUGAUGUUUUUAAGUUUUCAGUUAUGACCAGACUGUAGAGGAGUACAGAGGAGUGACAGACAGCUAACAUGGAGGACUCGCUUUAAAUUUUGAAGGUGGCUGACAACAACCCAAAAAAACACAGAAAAAACUCCAGAGUAGACCAAAAUCGCAUCCGAUUCUCGUGCACGAUAGAGCACUUGGCAUGAAAAUCGUUCUAAAAUAUGUAAAACUGCGGUUUUUACAGUCCGCCACCGCAAGUCACAGUUCUCUGCCCUCUGCUCGUUCCAGAUAAAACGGUCAAUAGCGCAGAAAAGGUACAGAACCGGUGACGUCAUUAAAUAAUGUUACUCAGUAGACAAUGGGACGUCCGGUGGUCCCAGACUUCAAGGGUUUACUCAUCUGAUACAAUUCUAGCGUGACUUAUUGACUAUCUAGUUUGUCUAUCUAGUUGGUCUCAAUCUUAGGUUGUAAAGGGGUUGCUGGGCUAGACUUACAUUAGUCUAGACUUACAUUAGUCUAGCCCAGCUGAGCAAUCUUAUCCUAAAUACCCGCUUGUGCAACAGGUGACACGAUUGAGGUUUAUUUGACACUCCUCCUUUGAGGAGUGUCAAAUAAACCCCAAAGACUUCCCGGACAGAAGGGAAGUGAGACUGUACUAAGGUCUUAGGGGAAGGCAAGCUGAUUGAGAAAAGAAUGACAAUUGAGGUAAGGAUACAAAAAGAUAAAGAUAACCAAAUAAUAAGACAUUGUGAGAAAAGAAAGCAGAAAGAAAGACAAGAGGAAGAGCAGUGAUGGAGAAAGGGGUCAAAGAGCUUCAGACAUGGCUUCUACUGUCAGUUAUUCUGCAAGCUGUCGCCUGUGAGUGGGCAGUGCACCUCCCCCAUAAUCAAGUGUGUGCUGUGGCUGGCUCCUCGGUGGUCCUCCCUUGCUCCUUUGACUACCCACGCAACCCUCCUCAUAAUGGGGUUGAGCGUACACGUGAGGAGCUGAGUGAGGUGGGAGAAGAGCAACCGUCUUUCAGAGUCCUGUCUGAAAUGUGGUGUCUGGAGCAGAGUCGUUGCAUCACCCCCAGGUAUGUUUACCACAGUGCACAGAUCUUCCCUGAACCUGCUUACCGGGGCAGGGUGGAGUACCUGGGAAAACCAGGCAGCAAGAACUGUUCUCUGCGUAUCUCAGAUUUGAGUACAUCUGACAGUGCAACAUAUGUCUUCUACCUAAUCACUAAUCACCCAGUGGAGAAGUUACCUGCACAGCGUGGCGUACAGUUGAUGGUGUCAAGUGACUCUGCUGAAGAUGGUGCCUGUUGGAAGAAAAUAGAGAAGCAGGAGUCUGUGAUUGGAAACAAGAUCAUGAUUUUAGGCGUUGCCCUGGCUAUCAUAUUGGUCCUCCUGGUGACAGUGGCAUGCAUUGGAAGGAGAUUGAGAAGCCUGUCAGGGUCCAGACAACAAGCCUAUGCCCUGACAGAGACUUCACAGACUGCCUGAAAACCCAGCUGAAGCACAGAGAGCAUAGCUCACCAUGGACACUGUGACACCGUUGAUAUAGGAGGUUUAACAAAGUGACUUACAUGAUUUACAUGUUUGUAAAUAUAGAAUUGUGUUAAUAUUGAAAAAGCAAAAAUAACAAGAUACCAUUUUAAAAUACAUUUAAGAUGUUCUUUGAAUACAAAGUCACCUUCUCUCCAGUUCUGAAGACACAUCGCUUCAGAUUCUAAAUGGACUAGGGCACCUUAUGUGUACAUUACCUCUCAUGGUAUUAGCAUAAUUAAAUGUUGUGUGUAUUUAAGAUGGUGUAUUGUGUUGUACUGCCCCCACAAAAUGAUCAGAGAAAUAAUCUUGUUGUUCCACUGUC